AUGAUGAUGCCUUUAAUGUUUUAGCCUUCGGUAAUGCAAAAACCGUGAGAAACGACAACUCCUCCCGUUUCGGCAAAUACAUCGAUAUUCAUUUCAACGAACAAGGCGUAAUAGAAGGGGCAAAGAUAGAGCAAUAUCUUUUAGAAAAGUCACGAAUUGUAUCCCAAAGCUUGGAUGAAAGGAAUUAUCACAUUUUCUAUUGUAUGCUAGCUGGCCUUUCUAAGGAUGAGAAACAAAAGCUCGAGUUGGAAGAUGCCUCUACAUACAAAUAUCUCAUAGGAGUAAGUGGUGGCGGUAUUACUUGCGAAGGACGCGACGAUGCGGCCGAAUUCGCCGAUAUAAGAUCAGCUAUGAAGGUUUUAUUGUUCUCUGACGUAGAAAUCUGGGAAGUGCUUAAAUUGCUCGCGGCUUUAUUACAUAUGGGCAACAUAAAGUACAGAGCCACUGUUAUAGAUAAUUUAGACGCUACAGAAAUUCCAGAGCAAACGAAUGUACAAAGGGUAGCGUACUUACUGGGAGUGCCGGUACAAUCCUUGAUAGAUGCCCUCACCCGCAGGACUAUAUUUGCACACGGUGAGACAGUAGUUUCCACGUUGUCGAGAGAUCAAUCAGUCGACAUCAGAGACGCAUUUGUAAAGGGUAUAUACGGUCGAUUAUUCAUACACAUUGUAAAGAAAAUUAACGAGGCCAUAUACAGGCCGAAGAAUAAUUCCCGCAGUGCUAUAGGCGUAUUGGACAUUUUCGGUUUCGAAAACUUCAAUCACAACAGCUUCGAACAGUUCUGUAUUAAUUAUGCCAACGAAAACCUCCAACAAUUUUUCGUUCAGCAUAUAUUCAAGCUGGAGCAAGAGGAGUACAAUCAUGAGGGCAUCAAUUGGCAGCAUAUAGAGUUUGUCGAUAAUCAGGACGCUUUAGACUUGAUAGCUAUCAAACAACUCAACAUUAUGGCGCUUAUUGACGAAGAAUCAAAAUUUCCAAAAGGCACGGAUCAAACCAUGUUGGCCAAAAUCCAUAAGACUCACGGUAGUCAUAGGAAUUACUUGAAACCUAAAUCGGAUAUUAACACGUCUUUCGGCUUAAAUCACUUCGCAGGCGUCGUCUUUUAUGACACAAGAAGUUUCUUAGAGAAGAACAGAGAUACAUUUAGUGCGGACUUGUUACAACUUAUUCAUAUAUCGUCGAAUAAAUUUCUCCAAGUUUGCUUCGUCGAAGACAUUGGCAUGGGAUCGGAAACCAGGAAGAGAGCUCCCACAUUGUCGACACAAUUUAAGAAAUCGUUGGAUUCGCUCAUGAAAACUCUGUGUAGUUGUCAACCAUUCUUCAUAAGAUGUAUCAAACCAAACGAAUAUAAAAAACCGAUGAUGUUUGACCGAGGACUCUGCUGCCGACAAUUAAGAUAUUCCGGUAUGAUGGAGACUAUCAGAAUUCGUCGAGCUGGUUACCCUAUCCGUCAUUCUUUCCAUGAGUUUGUGGAAAGAUAUCGAUUUCUUAUUUCGGGCAUUCCACCUGCGCACAAGGUGGAUUGCCGCACGGCGACUUCGAAAAUCUGCCAUGCGGUAUUGGGUCGAUCGGAUUAUCAGCUUGGACAUACCAAGGUCUUUCUCAAAGAUGCUCACGAUCUGUUCUUGGAGCAGGAACGUGAUCGCGUGUUGACGCGCAAAAUCCUGAUAUUACAGCGCAAUAUCCGCGGUUGGGUUUACAGGAGAAGAUUCCUCAGAAUGAGGACGGCGGUGAUGAUUGUACAAAAGUAUUGGCGGGGUUACGCGCAGCGUCAGCGAUACAAGCGUAUGCGAAUCGGUUACAUGCGAUUGCAGGCGCUCAUCAGAUCGCGGGUGCUGUCGCACAGAUUUAGACACCUGCGCGGUCAUAUCGUCGCACUUCAGGCAAGAGCCCGCGGUCACCUGGUACGCAAGAUGUUUCGAAAAAAACUGUGGGCCAUAGUGAAGAUACAGGCACACGUAAGGAGGCUGAUCGCGCAGAGACGAUAUAAGAAGAUCAAAUACGAGUAUCGAUUGCAUGUGGAAGCAUUACGACUGCGAAAAAAAGAAGAACGUGAACUAAAAGAUCAAGGCAAUAAACGAGCCAAAGAGAUUGCAGAACAAAACUACAGGGAACGUAUGCAAGAACUGGAAAGAAAAGAGAUUGAGAUGGAGCUAGAGGACAGGCGACGAAUGGAAAUUAAAAAUUUGAUAAACGAUGCGGCCAAAAAACAAGACGAGCCAGUCGAUGAUAGUAAAUUGGUUGAAGCCAUGUUCGAUUUCUUGCCAGAUUCCAGCAGUGAAGCUCCAACACCAGCGAGGGAAACGUCUGUAUUUAAUGAUCUUCCUGUACCGAAAGCCGAUCAACACCAAGAGAUAAUUAGCCCGAUUCAAAUGGCCUCCGAGGACGAAGAGGAUUUAUCGGAAUUCAAGUUUCAAAAAUUCGCGGCCACAUAUUUCCAAGGAAACAUCACGCAUCAAUACUCUAGAAAACCGCUCAAGCAUCCAUUAUUGCCGUUACACACACAAGGUGACCAAUUGGCUGCUCAGGCUCUGUGGAUAACUAUACUUCGGUUUACGGGCGAUUUACCCGAACCGCGUUUCCAUACAAUGGACAGAGACACAACUUCAGUAAUGUCAAAAGUAACGGCGACGCUUGGACGGAAUUUUAUAAGAAGUAAAGAAUUUCAAGAAGCUCAGAUGAUGGGCAUGGAUCCUGAAACAUUUCUCAAGCAGAAACCGCGUUCAAUCAGGCACAAGUUAGUAUCGUUAACUCUGAAGCGAAAAAACAAGCUAGGCGAGGAUGUGCGAAGAAGAUUGCAAGAGGACGAGUACACUGCCGACAGCUAUCAAUCCUGGUUAGAGGCUAGACCUACAUCAAACCUCGAAAAAUUACACUUUAUCAUCGGCCAUGGUAUAUUGCGCGCCGAAUUACGAGAUGAGAUAUAUUGCCAAAUCUGCAAGCAAUUGACCAACAACCCAUCAAAAUCAUCACAUGCGCGAGGAUGGAUCCUACUAUCUCUCUGCGUCGGUUGUUUCGCGCCCUCUGAAAAGUUUGUCAAUUACCUACGAGCCUUUAUCAGGGAGGGACCGCCUGGUUAUGCGCCCUAUUGUGAGGACAGACUCAAGAGAACUUUCAACAACGGCACUCGCAAUCAACCUCCGAGCUGGCUGGAACUUCAAGCUACGAAGUCAAAAAAACCAAUUAUGCUGCCAAUUACCUUUAUGGAUGGCAACACAAAAACCUUGCUAGCCGACUCGGCCACCACGGCUAGAGAAUUGUGUAAUCAAUUGUCCGACAAGAUUUCGCUGAGGGACCAAUUUGGCUUCUCUCUAUAUAUCGCCUUGUUCGACAAGGUAUCGUCUUUGGGCAGUGGCGGUGAUCACGUGAUGGACGCAAUCUCGCAGUGCGAGCAAUAUGCUAAGGAGCAAGGCGCACAGGAACGGAAUGCACCAUGGAGGUUGUUCUUCAGGAAGGAGAUUUUCGCGCCUUGGCAUGAGCCGACCGAGGAUCAAGUGGCCACCAAUUUGAUCUAUCAACAAGUAGUACGCGGCGUCAAAUUCGGCGAGUAUCGGUGCGAUAAGGAGGAGGAUCUAGCGAUGAUUGCGGCGCAGCAAUAUUAUAUAGAAUACCACACCGAUAUGAAUGUUGACAGACUGUAUACCCUUUUGCCGAAUUAUAUACCAGAUUAUUGUCUGACGGGGGUCGAUAAAGCGAUCGAUCGUUGGGGACACCUUGUCUUACAAGCGUAUAAAAAAAGUUACUACUUGAAAGAGAAAGUACCAGCACUACGCGUUAAAGAGGACAUAGUCGGAUACGCAAAGUUCAAAUGGCCCUUGUUAUUUUCUCGUUUUUACGAAGCUUAUAGAAAUUCCGGUCCGAACUUACCGAAGAACGACGUUAUCAUAGCCGUCAAUUGGACCGGAGUGUAUGUUGUCGAUGAUCAGGAGCAAGUGCUUCUCGAGUUAUCCUUCCCCGAAAUUACCACCGUAUCUAGUCAAAAAACAAAUAAGAUGUUCACACAAACGUUCAGUUUAUCGACGGUACGGGGAGAAGAAUUCACAUUCCAAAGCCCAAAUGCGGAGGAUAUUCGUGAUCUGGUAGUAUAUUUCUUAGAAGGACUAAAGAAGCGCAGCAAGUUUGUUAUAGCCUUGCAAGAUUACAAAGCACCCGGCGAGGGCACGUCGUUUUUGAAUUUUCAAAAGGGCGAUCUCAUUGUCCUCGAAGACGAGAGCACCGGCGAAACAGUGCUUAAUUCGGGAUGGUACGUCGGAAUUUGUGAGAGGACUGGCGAGAAGGGCGAUUUCCCGGCUGAGACGGUUUACAUUCUACCUUCCUUGACGAAACCACCAAAUGAUAUAUUGGCCUUAUUCAGUAUAGAAGGUACAGAAAAUAGUCGCAGGCUCUAUCCGCAGCAAAUUAAUGGUGUGGAUUCUCGCGAUAAACCUCACACUCUUCUAGAAUACGCAAUCGAUCAUUUCCGAACACCACCAAAAAGGACAAUGUCUAAGACGUUGACUUUGACAUCCGCGCGACGUGGUCAUACGGAUGAAUUAUGGCAUCACUCUAGAGAACCGAUAAAGCAACCCCUUCUGAAGAAACUUGUGUCCAAGGAAGAAUUGGCCGAAGAAGCGUGCUUCGCUUUCAAUGCCAUUCUAAAGUAUAUGGGCGAUUUGCCCACGAAACGACCGCGCAUUGGCAACGAGUACACCGAUCUGAUUUUUGACGGGCCGUUGAAAAAUGAAAUUUUACGAGACGAGAUUUAUUGUCAGAUUAUGAAACAACUCACCGAUAAUCGAAACAGAUUGAGCGAAGAGCGAGGAUGGGAAUUAAUGUGGCUCGCUACUGGCUUAUUCACUUGUAGUCAAAGUCUCUUGAAGGAAUUAACUCUAUUUCUGCGUACAAGACGCCAUCCCAUAUCGCAGGACUCCUUACAAAGAUUGCAAAAAACGUUACGCAAUGGUCAACGAAAGUAUCCACCGCAUCAAGUGGAAGUGGAAGCUAUUCAGCACAAAACUACACAAAUAUUUCACAAGGUUUAUUUCCCUGACGAUACGGACGAGGCGUUUGAAGUUGAUUCGUCUACCAGAGCGAAAGAUUUUUGUCAGAAUAUUGCGCAAAGACUUAAUCUACGAUCUGCUGAGGGUUUUAGUCUAUUUGUCAAGAUCGCUGAUAAGGUUAUUUCUGUCCCGGAAGGCGAUUUCUUUUUCGAUUUCGUACGACAUUUAACGGAUUGGAUCAGGAAAGCUAGACCAUCGCGAGAUGGAGUGUCACCACAGUUUACCUACCAAGUCUUCUUUAUGAAGAAACUUUGGACAAAUACAGUUCCUGGUAAAGACAGAAACGCUGAUUUGAUUUUCCAUUUUCAUCAAGAACUUCCCAAGUUACUGAGAGGCUAUCAUAAAUGUACGAAAGAAGAAGCAUCGAGAUUGGCGGCUUUAGUGUAUAGAGUACGAUUCGGCGAAAGCAAGCAAGAAUUACAAGCAAUUCCACAAAUGCUACGAGAACUCAUCCCGGGUGAUUUGAUCAAGAUACAAAGUGCUAAUGAUUGGAAAAGAUCGAUAAUCGCAGCCUAUAAUCAAGAUGCUGGCAUGAGUCCGGAAGAUGCGAAAAUUACAUUUCUGAAGAUCGUAUAUCGAUGGCCGACGUUCGGUUCCGCGUUCUUCGAAGUAAAACAAAGCACGGAACCGAAUUAUCCCGAGUUGUUAUUAAUCGCCAUUAAUAAACAUGGUGUGAGCCUCAUACAUCCUCAAUCAAAGGACAUACUUAUUACGCAUCCUUUUACAAGAAUCUCUAAUUGGUCAUCCGGCAAUACCUAUUUCCAUAUGACAAUAGGAAACCUCGUGCGUGGCUCGAAACUCUUAUGCGAAACCUCACUGGGUUACAAGAUGGAUGAUCUCUUGACCUCAUAUAUUUCGCUAAUGCUCACAAAUAUGAAUAAGCAACGCACGAUACGAAUCAAAUAGUAACAAAAGUUACAAUUCAAUGAAAUACAAAUCUACAAUGCGACCGCGACUGAACGGCGCAGAUAUAUUUUGCAAGGUGCUAAUGUUAAAAUCGCUCAACUUUCUCAGUUUGGUUUUUUAGCGAGCACAUGCACAUCGAUUUAAGAUUAUUUCAUAUUACGACAAACUCCGUUCGUAACAUCGUUUUACCUUUCUUCGUAGAUUUAUCUCCAACUGAUUGACGAAAAAUAACUUAGAUUUAUGAUUUACAUAUUUAAUAUGUUUAUCAUCGUUCAUAUUACGUUAUACAAGAUGUAAGAAUUCUGUGCAGGUAACUUUAAAAAAUUACAUAAUGCUACAGUUUAUAUUAUAAAAUAUAGUGUAUUGUAUUUUAUUAUUUUUGCAUAUCUAUACCUGUUAAUUUAUAUAAUUCAUAAAAAUUCAUAAAAGAAAAAUAACAAUUUAUAUGUACACAAGUUGUUAGAUUUGUACAUGAUUUACUUACGAUUAAGAAUUUUUCAUCACUUUGUAUAAAAUAUUAUUCCUUUUAUCGCCUCGUUAAUCAUCAUUGGCAAAUCUGGGGCUGAAAUCCAUAUUGUCAUAUUAUUAUCUCCGAGCGAUUAUAUACACCGUGUGUACAUCAGUGUAACAUGGGCAUAAUAGUGGCUAUGCAUAAUUUUGUAUUUGAGAGAAAUGCAUUUGUAAUAGUUCUGCAAAUCAAUAGGCAAUGGCGAAUAGUCAGAAUGUUAUCCGUCCAACAAGUCCAUUUGUACAUGCCGUAAGUCAAAUUUUGGGAAAUCACGAAUUCUCGCAUGUAAUAAGGGUACGAAAUAAUUCGAUAUAAAAAUCAAAUUCUCAAAAUUUGCCUUGCUACAUCUACAGAGUAUAAUUUCGAAAUAAACGCCUCACGUAAGAAUGUAAUUACUAUUAAUUCGCUUUUAUAAUUGUGAAUAAAGACGACUAUAUUUUCCACGCGCAAA